AUGUCGACUCCUCCGCGUGCCUCGCAUGACGAUCUGCCUGUGCAGAUCAGACAGAACCUUGCAGUGCAAAGAAUGCAACAGAACCUCUUCGAGCUUGACGAAUUCUCUUCCCCUGUGGCACCACAGGAGGGUGCUGAGGCAGCAGUUGCCCCUAUCCCGACCAGGGCGGCACCUGCAGGUGCUGCCGAUGACGUUGCCAUUGAAGAUGUGACGGCUCUGCUCGCCCAGGUCACCAAGCAAUCAGAAGACGAGGUGAAGAGAGCAGGUGUUAUCGAAACACUGCGAGCCUGUAACACAGUGGGUCUCCUCAAGGGACAGCCCAUCCUUCAGCGUUUGUGCCUGGACAUGUACGAUGAGACCAAGCGCAAUCGGCUGAUGACCUCCAGCCGCGAUUCCUCUACUGCGGGCAAGCCUCCUGUGGUAGUGGACGCGGUUGCCUCAGGUGCCGUUCGUCCCUCCCAGGAGGUGUCACCUGAGGUAGUUGAUGUCGAGAUGGUUGAGACGGUGGAUCAGGCUGCUGAUGGCGACUUUGCCAUGGUGGACGUGCCCCCUGGGGAAGGGAGCGCGGUUGCCUCAGGUGCCGAUCCUCCCACCCAGGGGGUGCCAGCGGAGGAACAUGAUGUGGCUCUGUCGGAGCCGAGCUUUGUCGACUCGACCAAUGGCUCCUGGGUCGUGGCCGACAAGGCGCCGUCGAUCACGGUGCCGAGCACCUCCGGAGACUACGCAUGGGUGGAACAUGAAGACGUCGAGCAGUUGCAGGCCUGGGUUCAAGAGCAGCUGGAUGCGGCAAAAGACCCCCAGGCGGUCUUGCCGCUGAUAGAAGAUCGGGUGGUGCUGCUCCAGAGGGAGCUGCCUUGGGUCUCGGCGGUCCUCAGCAAUCUUGCCUUGGAGUGGGAUGGCCUCAGGUGCAGGGACCGGGGUUGGCAAUUCAAUCUGGAAUUGGCCACGGCCCUGUUAUCUUUCUUCUCCACAUCCGGGGGGCAAAUGCAAGCUGGCCUGGCUGGGCCGGUGGAUCGAGGAGACACUCACCUCUGGGACGGUUGCCACAGGACCCAGGCGCGGGGCUGCCCCUGGCCAGACCAGUGGGUGCCUCCUGGGCAGCCGUUUGCGUUGGACAUCCUCCAAGCUCUGGUGGAGCUGGCGGAGGACCCGGACCGGGACUUCCUUCAUCACCUGAAGGAAAUCACCUUCUUACUGGGCAAGUUACAGUGGGUAGCUAAAGCCUACCCGCAGGUGAGCUCCCACCUCCAGCCGCUCUACGCGUGGGAACAGAAGCUGGAACGCAAGUGUAAACCGGGAGACCUUGUACGUUUCCUGGCAACUCUGCUCAUCUCCAUCCUGGAUGCUGGCCCCUGCGUUCCUCUCCGUCUACAGCGCAAUACUCCAUGCUAUGGGAGUAGUGAUGCUGGUGAGGACGAUGGCCGGGUGGCAAUUGGUGGCUGGUUCUCGCCCUUGCUGAACCCGGCCAAGGCGGAGGUCCUGUGGUUCUCCAUGGACGUCCUUGCCACACCAUGGGUGCAGCCCCUCCUGGUGCACACUUCACCGAAGCGCCGGAUUGGGGCCCUUGAACUCCUGGGUACCCUUAUUCUUUUCCUUUUGGCUGCGGAGUCCUUGGGGCCCAGCAUGGUUGAUGCGCACCUCCCUCUUACUACAGAUAAUGAGGGUAAUGCCUUUGCUGCCAGCAAGAGAUCUUCAAAGAAGUGGCCUUGCUCGGCGCUUUUGAUGGAGCUCUCAGCACAGGAGUUCCAUAAGGGUGUCUUUGCUCAGGUCUCCCAUGUUAAGCGGAGCUCACACACGUGGGCAGAUCAGCUCACACACUUUGAUUUCGAAGGAUUCUCCCCUGAAAAGAGAAGGGAAGUUUCCUUGUCCUGGACUCCGAGCUGGAUGAUCCUGGAUAAGCUCCUUGCUUUUAAGUCGGAUCACUAG